AUCGUCACCGACAACAUGAAGGUCCUUUUAGUGCUCGCUUUUCUCGCGAUUGCGGCUGCCUGGCCGAGCCUCGGAUUCCAGGCGGACGGUGCAGAUGUGUCAGAUGCCCAGAAACAGCAUGAUAUCAACUUCCUGCUGCACAAGAUCUACGGGGAAAUCCGUGAUCCCAACCUAAAAGGAAAAGCUGAUUCCUUUGACCCGGAGGCUGAUUUAUCCCAUUACAGUGACAAUGGUGAGGCGGUACAGAAACUCAUGAGAGAUCUCAAGGAUCACAGACUUCUCGAACAGAACCACUGGUUCUCUCUCUUCAACCCAAGACAGCGUCAUGAAGCACUUAUGCUCUUCGAUGUUUUCAUUCACUGCAAGGAUUGGGAUACAUUUGUCAGCAAUGCUGCCUACUUCCGUCAGCGUAUGAACGAGGGAGAGUUUGUCUACGCCUUGUAUGUUGCAGUCAUCCACUCACCUCUGUCUGAACACGUUGUACUUCCACCACUCUAUGAGGUCACUCCUCAUCUCUUCACUAACAGUGAAGUUAUUGAAGCAGCUUAUCGUGCCAAGCAGACACAGACCCCUGGAAAAUUCCAGUCUUCCUUUACUGGAACAAAGAAGAACCCUGAACAAAGAGUAGCCUAUUUCGGAGAGGACAUUGGAAUGAACACUCACCACGUUACAUGGCAUAUGGAAUUCCCAUUCUGGUGGCAAGAUGAAUACAGCCAUCAUCUAGAUCGCAAAGGAGAGAACUUCUUCUGGGUACAUCAUCAACUAACUGUUCGCUUUGAUGCUGAACGUCUUUCCAAUUACUUGGAUCCAGUCGGCGAACUUCACUGGGGUAAACCCAUCGUACAAGGUUUUGCUCCUCACACCACUUACAAGUAUGGAGGUCAGUUCCCCUCUCGUCCAGAUAAUGUAGACUUCGAGGAUGUGGACGGUGUUGCCCGAAUUCGAGACCUGCUCAUUGUUGAGAGCCGAAUUCGUGAUGCUAUUGCCCAUGGUUAUAUUGUUGACAAGCAAGGCAAUCGCAUUGACAUCAUGAAUGAGCGUGGCAUUGACGUUCUUGGAGACAUCAUUGAAUCCUCAAUGUAUAGUCCUAAUGUCCAGUACUAUGGGGCUUUGCAUAAUACUGCGCAUAUUGUACUCGGUCGACAGGCCGAUCCACAUGGAAAAUACGCCCUGCCACCUGGUGUACUAGAACAUUUCGAAACUGCCACACGCGAUCCCAGUUUCUUCAGGCUACACAAAUAUAUGGAUAAUAUCUUCAAAGAACAUAAGGAUUCUCUUCCCCCUUACUCAAAGGAAGAAUUAACUUUCACAGGUGUUACUAUUGAAAAUCUAUCAGUUGAUGGUGAAUUAGAGACCUUCUUUGAGGACUUUGAGUAUAGUCUUAUUAAUGCUGUUGAUGACACUGAAGAAAUUGCGGAUGUAGAAAUCUCUACGUACGUUCCUCGUCUUAACCACAAAGAUUUCGCAUACAACAUUGAAAUUACAAACAAUAAUGGCAAGGAAGUUCUAACAACAGUCCGCAUUUUCGCCUGGCCUCACCGUGACAACAAUGGCAUUGAAUACACUUUCGACGAGGGUCGUUGGAAUGCUAUUGAACUAGACAAGUUUUGGGUUAAGUUGUCUCCCGGCUCAAACCACAUUGUCCGUAAGUCAUCAGAAUCAGCAGUAACUGUUCCUGAUGUACCAAGUUUCGAUACUCUCUUCAAGAAGACCGAAGCUGCCUUGGGUGGCGCAGAUUCCGGACUUACAGAAUUCGAGAGUGCGACUGGCAUCCCUAACCGUUUCCUCCUCCCUAAGGGUAACGAACAGGGUCUGGAGUUCGACCUUGUCGUUGCUGUGACGGAUGGUGAAGCUGACGCAGCUGUAGAGGGACUACACGAUAAUAAUGGCUUCAACCACUACGGUUCCCAUGGCAAAUACCCUGAUAAUCGCCCACAUGGCUACCCUCUGGAUCGUAAAGUUCCAGAUGACCGCGUGUUUGAAGAGCUUCCCAACUUCAAGCACAUUCAUGUAAAGGUCUUCAAUCAUGGUGAACAUAUCCAUCACCAUUAACUAAUAGAAAUCGAUAAGACUUGAACAAAUACCAUAUGUUUUAUCUUCCUCAAAGGAUAUGCAUUUUCAAUAAAAUAGAUUUAAUUCAAAAGGAAA